AUGUGCGAACAAUUGGAAGCGGGAGAAGCUCCCCUGUCUACUGAAAGACAAAAGGGAGCGCCUUCCGGACAGAAUACGCACAACACCCCGUCAAGGACCCUAGAGCUAUCUGAAACAAGAGAAAAACCCGAGAUUAUUUUAGGAGAUACCCGAGAAAACCUGGCCAAGCCCAUCUCCAACCGAGAAGAACAAGCCCCGGAAAAGUGGAUUAAAGGCAUCCCCUUGAUCAUGGUAACUUCAGGUGUUACUCUGGUCAUAUUCCUGAUGUUGCUGGACAUGUCGAUCCUGUCUACAGCCGUACCGCAAAUCACGAACCAAUUCCACUCCCUCGAGGACAUAGCCUGGUACGGCAGUGCUUAUACGCUGGCAAGCUCUGCCCUUCAGCCUCUAACAGGGAAAUUCUAUACUUACUUCACCUCCAAGUGGGUGUUUCUGGGCUUCUUCGCAGUCUUCGAACUGGGCUCCUUGAUAUGUGGCGUCGCUACUUCGUCGAAAAUGCUCAUUAUUGGCCGAGCUGUUGCCGGAAUGGGAUCUUCGGGCAUGACCAACGGCGCCCUGACUAUUGUUGCUGGUGCUGUUCCGAUGCAUAGAAGACCAGUUUUGGUUGGCAUCAUGAUGGGACUGUCACAGAUUGGACUGGUUCUCGGUCCUCUGAUCGGUGGUGCGUUGACCACAUUCACGACAUGGCGAUGGUGCUUCUACAUCAAUUUACCCAUCGGGGCACUAGUUGCUGCCCUCUUGGUCUUCACUCGCAUUCCCGAGCAACGAGAAAAGGGUCGAGCGGUCGAAGUUCUACCGACAUUCUUCAAGACGUUCGAUAUACUCGGCUUCGUGCUCUUUGCGCCCGCUGCAAUCCAACUCCUGCUGGCCCUUCAAUACGGAGGUAACCAAUAUGCAUGGGACAGCACAACCGUCAUCGGCCUGUUUUGCGGUGCAGGUGCGAUGUUUAUCAUCUUCCUGGGAUGGGAGUACCGCAUGGGGAAGGAUGCCAUGAUUCCAUUCCAUGUCAUUCACAACCGGAUCGUCUCCUGCAGCUGUGUGGUUAUCAUGACUCUGUUCGGAAUGACAAUCACUGUUUCGUACUAUUUGCCGAUAUACUUUCAGGCAGUCAAAGGCAAGACCGCGCUGGUUAGUGGUGUUGACUUGUUGCCGGGUGUGCUGUGCCAGAUUGUCAUGGCUUUGGUCUCGGGGGCUCUCAGCUACUAUCUCCCCUUCGCGGUUCUCAGCGCAAUCCUCAACGCUGUCGGAUGUGGUCUUCUGUCGACCUUAUCACCCACCACUCCCACCAGCGAGUGGGCCGGCUAUCAAGCUCUAACAGGACUUGGUCGAGGAGCAGGAACACAGACCCCCAUGAUAGCCGUUCAAAACGCUGUCCUUCCCGACGAGAUGUCAACAGCCAUGGCCAUCCUAACCUUCAGCCAGACCUUCGGCGCUGCUAUUUUUCUUGCGAUCGCUGAAGUCCUUUUCUCUCAUGGUCUGAGAAACACUAUCCCGCAGUAUGCCCCUGCUGUUGACCCCGAGACUGUGAUUGCUGCUGGUGCGACUGGUUUCCGGGGCAUUGUGUCCGAGGCGAGUCUUCCUGGAGUUCUGCUCGCUUAUUCCAAGAGUCUUGGACAUAUUUUCUAUCUGGUUACUGCGCUAAGUGUGGUGCAUUUUAUCUUUGCAUGGGGGAUGGGCUGGAAGAAUGUCGGCAAGCCUAAAGAGGACAAGCUGAAAAGGGAGGAGGAAGGGAAAGUCAACAAUUGA